CGUGAUCCGCUCUCCCCUCAGCCGCAACGCGCAACGCCAUCCCAAUUGCCGGAUGGCUGUUCAUCUCCCAUCCCCCCUCCUUCAUCUAUUUCAUCUUCAUAUUCUUGAUUGCCUGUUUGCUGUGGUCGUCUAUUUUGGGAAAAUCUCCUGCUAGACCCCUCAUUGCAUCCUAAUCCUUGUCCAGUGUAGACGACGUGUCUGCAGCCAACUCAUUCGCUCUUAUCGCCGAUCGGCAACGUUUGCAGUUGACAACGUGCUGUUUCGCGGACAAUAUUUAUCGAUCAUCUGUCUUCACUCUCCCGGAAUUUGAAUCCCUGAUAUUGAUUGUCGCAACAAGUGGCGCAUCUACUUCUGACACUUUCCCGAUCAACCUAUCUGUCUUAUCUCCUGACCGCCUCUUGCCAGGAUGAAGUAUUUACCUUUACCAGACUUCGAGGAUGUUACAAGUUCUCUCAACUUCGACACUGCCGAUUGUCACAUUGUCGGGGGCUGCGAUCUGUACACAACCAAGGCUGCUCGAGCCGAUCGGAAAUUAUACAAGAACAUCGAACAGUCGCUUGAAUCCCAGUAUGAAUCGGUUCUUCGGCUAUCGGCAUCUCUUUCUCCUCCCAACGCUUCCGACGCCGCUGCAUCGCUGAAUCUGUCCCGAUCCAGUCCUUUUGGUCCCCUGAGUGAGCAGUCUAGUAGACGGACAUUCGCUUACUUGAUCGCAACACUCAACGCGAGCCAUCCCGAUUACGACUUUUCUCAUGUCCUGCGUCCAACAGAUUUCCAUCGCGAGCGAAAUGUGAAGAGAGUGAUGAACACAAUCGACUCCACUCUGUUUAAUCUCCGCCCGCGGGAAACGAUCGAUGUCACGCCUCCAUCGCCGGUUACCAUUUCUGGAUCAUACAACUCGAGCGCAUCUUCCACAUGGGGCCCAAGGAUGUGGAGCAUUGUGGAUAGCCAAAUGUCACUGAAGGAGUGCUCUGCUUAUUCGUACUCUCCCGAAGAGGAUCCGUCGGACGCCGAUGACGGAGCGAUUUGGAGCAUGCACUACUUCUUUUUCAACCGACUUCGGAAGCGCGUUUGUUACCUCUAUCUUCGUGCUAUCCCGAUUUUGAGCCAUACGCCUACCGAAAUUAUGGCCACUACCCCGACCGGCAAGAGAACCUACGAGGACGAAUACCUGACUCCUGAUCUGAGCUCGAGCAAACGGGCUCGGUACUGGUUUGGCGAGCGUCCUGGUGUUGGAGAACAGGACAGUGACACUGAAGAAGAGCCUUCACCAUCCUUGCGCCCUGUCGAUGAAUACGACACCUACCUACUCAGUGACGAAGAGUUCCGCUCGCGUUCUGGUAGCAAAGGAACUGUUCGGGCUAUGAGUGAAGAGAUUGCAGACUCUAUGGAGUUUUAAGUUUAACCUGGUGUUAUUCUACUUCUGAUUCUAUGAUGACUUCUUUUGAUGUCUUUUUAUAUCACCCCCAGUUACGUCUUCUAAUCGUUGUCUUUUUGGGCGUUGGUUUGUUUUCAUGCAUUCAACCUGCAUUUUUUCGAGACUGGGGGCGUUGGGACCUAUUACGAUGCCCAUAGUUUUAAUUUGUUCAUAUUGUUCUUGCUUGACAUGCUUUAUGACGACGGUGCAUUGCACAUACGAGACUAGAGCC